AUGUCACAAGAAGAAGGGACCAAAUAUUUUGAAAUAGAGGGAUUUUGUCAAUACAAAUCCUGCUUACGACACGGAUAUCUUAUAGCUCUAAAUUCAUCUCUGAAGAAUGGGGAAAAGUUUGAUAAGGGUGCACGUUGCAGUUUUAUUUACCAUUAUUUCAUGGGGUUUCACUGGUGUGAAGAAUGUCUGAAGUUCAAUCUUAUGAAGAAACAAAGAAAAACAUUAAUACCAAUAACUAACAACUUAUUCUUUUAUUCAUUUUGGCUUUGCACUGAUUGUGCACUUUUUGCCACAACACCUGUGUAA